AUGCGUGCCUUACCUGGGACAGACCACCUCAACUUUGAUGCAAGAGAUUUUAAGAGCACGCCAAACAUAAGGUUUCUUAUCUUGGAUUGUGCAAAAGUUGUUGGUGAUUUUGCUGAUGUUUUUCCAAAUUUAAAGUGGCUCCAAUGGCGAGGAUGCACUAGAGAUUUUGCAGCUACUAAUUUUCAUGUGGAGAAAUUAGUCAUUCUUGAUCUUUCAUGGAGCAAAGUCACUGAAGACUGGGGAGGUUGGAGAAAAAUCAAGAUGCCACAGUUGAAAGUCUUGAAUUUUACUGGUUGUGCUGACCUAUUGAUAAGCCCUGACCUGUCCUCUUUCCCAGACUUAGAGAUAUUGAUUUUCGAACGAUGUUCUCGACUAAUGAAGUUAGAUCCUUCCAUCCGUCAUUUAAAACGCUUGACUACCUUAAAUUUGAGGUUCUGUGAUGAACUCAAUAUGUUGCCAAUUGAACUGGGUCACAUGGAAGCUCUUAAGGAGCUCCUUAUUGACGGGACUUCCAUACAAGAAAUUCCUGUCUCAAUGGGUUACUUGGAGAAACUUGAGAUUUUUAGUGCCUCCAAAUGUCUCCAAUUAAGUCACCUGCCUGAUUCAGUCUGUGGCUUGACAUCUCUUUCAGUUCUCUCACUGGAAAAUGCAAAAAUUACUCAAAUUUCUGCCUCAUUCGAAAAGCUGGUGAAACUUCGGAUCCUGUCUCUAAAGGGUUGUCGUUGGGUAGGGAGACUUCCAGAUUCAAUUUGCAAUUUGGGAAACUCAUUAGAGGAGUUGGAUAUAACAGGGACAGGCAUAUCUGAAUUGCCCAAUUCAAUUACUUGCUUGGGGCAUUUAAAAGUGUUAAAAAUGGAUUCUUGCUUCAUUAGAGAAUUGCCUAGAGAAAUUGGAAAUUUGGUCAACCUUGAAGAGUUACAUGCUUCUCAUUGUAGGAGUUUGAAGGGAGCCAUUCCAACUGCUAUUAAGAGUCUAGAUCGUCUGAGGAUACUGAGAUUGGGACAUUCCAGUAUUUCUGCCAUUCCUUUGAAAUUGGAAGUCUUUCUUGUCUUCAGACUCUUGAUUUACUUCGGUGCAACGAGAUUCAAGUGCUGCCAGAGCUUCCCUCCAGAUUAA